AAUCCUCUCAUUCUAAACACAAUUCUUCAACAUUUUCAAUACUCUUUCAUUGCAUAAUCAUUCUUAUUUUUCUUAGCUAUUUGAGAGCCCAUUCUUGAAGAAAUUGUCGUGUUCUUGAGCGUAUACUAGUUCACUCAUAUCUACUCUUUGUGAGAGUUUUAUUCCUGAGCGUUUAAGUGUUUUUAUACACUUUAAGGGAGGUUGUUCCCUUGUUGUAAACUCGAAGGAAGUUCUUUGUUUCUUCGUGAGAAGUCUUGGAGUGCGGUAUCUCCAAGCAAAGGUGGUGAGGCUCGUGUGACUCGGGUUCUCAAGUUGUAUCGCUUCAAACGGUUCACAAUUUCGUUGAGUAACGAAGGAGAUAUGGCCCGAAAACCGGGGCUGGUACAGUGGUGACGGGAAGUGACGGGUUUUGUGAUUUCCGACGUUGUUUUCGCUCACGUUCGUUUGUUGAGCUUCAUCUCGUCGAUUUCCAGGUAUGAGAGAGAAUAAAUAUGGAGCUUAUUCUGGAGAUUACUGAGAUGGAGGAGUUCGAGUUGAAACAUCAAGCGUGGACAGCUACUUUAUCCCACCGACCCACCCCACUUCGGGACUCUGGCGGGGCCAAGCCGUACGGUGCACCAUCACAGGCCCCUCUCCUGCCCACACCUGGAUCGAAGCCUCUACCCGGCGCGCAGGUUGCAGCUAACCCUCCUAUUCGCCGGCUCUCUUUUGCUGAAAAAAGGAACGUGAUGCUAAAGGGCUCUGUUACAAUUGUGAUGAAAAAUGGGUUAAAGGCCAUCAUUGGCUUCCAGUUUACAGUGGAUGUAUUUGUGCUUCCGAUUCAUGGUCCAAACAUGGUGUUGGGCGUUCAAUGGCUACGCCUCCUCGGUAAGGCUCUUUAUGGUCGGCCCCCUCCGGAUCUCGUUCCUUAUAAUCGGGGGGAGAGUAAAGUCCAGGCGGUGGAUGAUCUAUUGGCAGAACGGGAUGCCCUGCUGCGGCGCUUAAGGGCUAAUUUACAGGCUGCCCAGGUCCGUAUGAAGCUGCAGGCGAAUCGACAACGAAGGGAGGUGGAGUUCCAGGUCGGCGAUUGGGUCUUGUUAUGGCUACAACCCUACCGACAGCACUUCGUUGCUCGGAGAUCCUCACAGAAGCUAGCACUGCACUACUAUGGCCCAUUUGAAGUUCUACAGCGUGUCGGCCCGGUGGCUUAUCGUCUGAAAUUACCGGAUAGCGCGCGCAUUCACCUGGUCUUCCAUGUCUCGGUGCUGCGACCAUUUCUUGGACAAGAUACGAACUCCGGUGUGCUUCCCCUACCAGACGACUUAGUGGAUGGCCGCCCACCGUCCCAUCCGGUUCAGCUUCACGCCACCCAUUGGGUGCUGCGGCAUGGGGUUCGGGAGGAGCAAUUCUUAGUUUCAUGGAGCGAUGGAUCAUUGGACGAUGCUACCUGGGAGCCGGCUGCCCUCAUCUGUGAACAUUAUCCCCAUUUACACAUUGAGGACAAUGUGGUUUCUGAUGGAAGGGAGAGUGAUACGGUCGGCCCGACGAGCGAGAGUUUGCCAUCACACACCGAAAGGAGAACGGGUACGCGGCAUAGGCGUGCCCCGGCGUGGCAAAAGGAUUUUGAGAUGCAUUAAACUUUUAUUUAAUUAUUGUAAUUUAGAUUUUCCUAGGUGAGCAAUUUAUAAGCUUCUUCGAGGGUUUCUUUACGAUUCCUUACCUCGUCGCUUUUCUUUGAACCGUCAGGAUAGAAAACGUAGUUUUAGGUAUUGGGG